GUUCUCUGAUGACUAUGGAAAGAGGAAGGAGAAACUAGGAGAUUUUCUUUAUACCGACGACUGACUUCACAGAGUUAGCGUGGCCUUCAGAACUAGACUGCUCUUUCUGGUACGUGUGGUGCUUCAACGAAGAAGAGUAUGACAGAUACAUAGCAUCAAGCAAAAUAAUGGCAGCUGCUUACCUUGACCCAAACUUGAAUCACACCCCAAAUUCGAGUACCAAGACUCAUCUGGGUACAGGAGUGGAACGCUCCCCCGGGGCAAUGGAGCGAGUGUUGAAGGUCUUUCAUUAUUUUGAGAACAGCAGCGAGCCGGCCACCUGGGCCAGUAUCAUCAGGCACGGAGAUGCCACCGACGUCCGGGGCAUCAUUCAGAAGAUAGUGGACAGUCACAAAGUAAAGCACGUGGCCUGCUAUGGAUUCCGCCUCAGUCACCUGCGGUCAGAGGAGGCCCACUGGCUCCACGUGGACAUGGGUGUCUCCAGUGUGAGGGAGAAGUAUGAACUUGCACACCCACCAGAGGAGUGGAAAUAUGAAUUGAGAAUUCGUUAUUUGCCAAAAGGAUUUCUAAACCAGUUUACUGAAGACAAGCCAACUCUGAAUUUCUUCUAUCAACAGGUGAAGAGCGACUACAUGUCCGAGAUCGCCGACCGAGUGGACCAGGACAUUGCUCUGAAGCUGGGCUGUCUAGAGAUACGGCGCUCGUACUGGGAGAUGCGGGGCAACGCGCUGGAGAAGAAGUCCAACUACGAAGUGUUAGAAAAAGAUGUUGGUUUGAAGCGAUUUUUUCCUAGGAGUUUACUGGAUUCUGUCAAGGCCAAAACGCUACGAAAACUGAUCCAGCAAACAUUUAGACAGUUCGCCAACCUGAACAGAGAAGAGAGUAUUCUGAAGUUCUUUGAGAUCCUCUCCCCAGUGUACAGAUUUGAUAAAGAGUGCUUCAAGUGUGCCCUUGGUUCAAGCUGGAUUAUUUCAGUGGAACUGGCGAUUGGCCCAGAGGAAGGAAUCAGUUACCUCACGGACAAGGGCUGCAACCCCACGCAUCUGGCCGACUUCAAUCAAGUGCAGACCAUUCAGUAUUCGAACAGCGAUGACAAGGACAGGAAAGGAACGCUGCAGCUGAAAAUCGCGGGUGCCCCCGAGCCUCUGACAGUGACGGCACCGUCCCUGACCAUCGCCGAGAAUAUGGCUGACCUGAUAGACGGGUACUGCCGGCUGGUGAACGGAGCCACACAGUCCUUCAUCAUCAGACCCCAGAAAGAAGGUGAACGGGCUUUGCCAUCAAUACCAAAGCUGGCCAACAGCGAGAAGCAGGGCGUGCGGACACACGCGGUCUCCGUGUCAGGAGUCAUUCCCCGCCAGCAUAAAGUUAAGAAAGCUAGGCGCUUUCUCCCCUUGGUCUUCUGUUCCCACGAGCCUUCUCCUACGGAUGAAAUUAGUGGGGACGAGACGGACGAUUAUGCUGAGAUCAUAGACGAAGAAGAUACGUACACCAUGCCCUCAAAAAGCUAUGGAAUAGACGAAGCCAGGGACUAUGAAAUUCAAAGGGAAAGAAUCGAGCUUGGACGGUGCAUCGGGGAAGGCCAGUUUGGAGACGUCCACCAAGGCGUCUACAUGAGCCCAGAGAAUCCGGCUUUGGCGGUUGCAAUUAAGACAUGUAAAAACUGUACUUCGGACAGCGUGAGAGAGAAAUUCCUUCAAGAAGCCUUAACGAUGCGUCAGUUCGACCACCCCCACAUCGUGAAGCUGAUCGGCGUCAUCACGGAGAACCCCGUCUGGAUAAUCAUGGAGCUGUGCACGCUCGGCGAGCUGAGGUCAUUUCUGCAAGUGAGGAAGUACAGUUUGGACCUCGCCUCUUUGAUCCUCUAUGCCUAUCAGCUUAGUACAGCUCUGGCCUAUCUGGAGAGCAAGAGAUUCGUGCACAGGGACAUUGCUGCUCGGAACGUUCUGGUGUCCUCAAAUGACUGCGUGAAACUAGGGGACUUUGGAUUGUCCCGGUAUAUGGAGGACAGUACUUACUACAAAGCUUCCAAAGGAAAGUUGCCCAUUAAAUGGAUGGCUCCAGAGUCCAUCAACUUCCGACGUUUUACCUCAGCCAGUGACGUGUGGAUGUUUGGCGUGUGCAUGUGGGAGAUCCUGAUGCACGGCGUGAAGCCUUUCCAGGGCGUGAAGAACAAUGACGUGAUCGGGCGGAUCGAGAACGGGGAGAGGCUGCCCAUGCCGCCCAACUGCCCCCCCACCCUCUACAGCCUCAUGACCAAGUGCUGGGCCUACGACCCCAGCAGGCGGCCCCGGCUCACCGAGCUCAAGGCUCAGCUCAGCACAAUCCUGGAGGAGGAGAAGGUCCAGCAGGAAGAGCGGAUGAGGAUGGAGUCCAGAAGGCAGGUCACGGUGUCCUGGGACUCCGGAGGGUCCGACGAAGCGCCACCCAAGCCCAGCAGGCCCGGUUACCCUAGUCCAAGGUCCAGCGAAGGAUUUUACCCCAGCCCGCAGCACAUGGUACAGACCAAUCACUACCAGGUGUCCGGCUAUCCCGGUCCGCAUGGGGUCAGCGCCAUGGCCGGCAGCAUCUACCCGGGGCAGGCGUCUCUCUUGGACCAGACGGACUCAUGGAAUCACAGACCACAGGACACGUCGAUGUGGCAGCCCGGUGUGGAGGACUCCGCGGCCCUGGACCUGCGCGGGCUUGGGCAGGCAAUGCCGACCCACCUGAUGGAGGAGCGGCUGAUCCGACAGCAGCAGGAGAUGGAGGAAGACCAGCGCUGGCUCGAGAAAGAGGAGAGAUUCCUGAAGCCUGAUGUGCGGCUCUCUCGAGGCAGCAUCGACAGGGAGGACGGGAGUCUCCAGGGCCCGACUGGAAGCCAGCACAUCUAUCAGCCUGUGGGCAAACCAGAUCCUGCAGCUCCGCCAAAGAAGCCGCCACGGCCUGGAGCGCCCGGCCAUCUGGGCAGCCUGGCCAGCCUCAGCAGCCCCGGGGACAGCUACAACGAGGGCGUCAAGCCGUGGAGGCUUCAGCCGCAGGAAAUCAGCCCCCCACCCACUGCCAACCUGGACCGAUCCAACGACAGGGUGUAUGAGAACGUGACGGGCCUGGUGAAGGCCGUCAUCGAGAUGUCCAGCAAGAUCCAGCCAGCCCCGCCAGAGGAGUACGUGCCCAUGGUGAAGGAGGUUGGCCUGGCCCUGCGGACGUUACUGGCCACCGUGGACGAGACCCUCCCAGGCCUGCCAGCCAGCACUCACCGAGAGAUCGAGAUGGCCCAGAAGCUGCUGAACUCCGACCUGGGCGAGCUCAUCACCAAGAUGAAGCUGGCGCAGCAGUACGUGAUGACCAGCCUGCAGCAGGAGUACAAGAAGCAGAUGCUGACCGCCGCCCACGCCCUGGCCGUGGACGCCAAAAACUUGCUCGACGUCAUUGACCAAGCCAGACUGAGGGCGCUCGGCCACGCGAGGCCGCGCUGAGGGGCCCCCGCACGCCGCCAGCCCUGGCCCGCCCGCGGUGGUGACUGAGGGCUGGUUCGAAACCUCUCUCGGACAAGUUUAACUGCAUUUGAUUUGAGUUCAUUUUUUGGUUUUGUUUUUCUUUAAUCAUGGUGUUCGGAAAAGUCCAGGAUCCAAAUUAUGGCAUUUUUCUGAGGAUGAAAAUCGUCCAUGAGAAGCUUUUAAGAAUCGCCAGGAACAGAUGACGGUCCCAUUGGGGUGUGUUUCCAUGGAAACGGACAGGGCCCGGCCUCGAGGGCCCUGAGCCAGCUCCGUCCCGCGUGGGCAGAGACCAGGCGGAGAAUUCCGGGAAACCCGAGGGGCUGAGUGUUCUUCGGGCCGCGGGGUGGCGGCCAGACCGGACUUUGUGCUGUGAGGACGCCCUUCCGCUGCGAAGCGCUAACCCCACGCUAAGACAAAGAAUGUCAGAGCUGUAUUUUGAAGACUUGAGUCCGUUCAGAAAAAAGCAGCCACCCCUUUGUCUUUCCCGCCUUUUACCUUCCUGUCGGCCCCGUGCCGGCCGGCUGGGGGCUAGCUGUAAACCACACUAAAAACUUUGUCUUUUUCACCAGAAUAAUGUGCCAGUUCUUUGUAGCAAUGGUAUUCCUCUCCGAAGCAGAAAUGCUUUCUGCCAGAGCACCUCCAAACUGCAUCGAGAAGACGUUCUGGAACCAUCCCUGUUUCCCAUUUUUAUAUAAUUUAUAAAGAAAGACGAAAGCCAUGUUGACUAUCCCGCAGCCGCCAGAGCUCACUAACCCCCCGUGUGUCUGUCUUCCCAGGAGGCGCGAGUGAGGCGGAGAGUCGGGUUUCCUUUCAUGUCCAGUUACACCAUCCCUUCUGUUAAACCCUUUUGAGAAAUGUACCCUCCCUUUAGCUUGUCGGGGGCAUAAAUUAUUCUCAGGAAGAAUAUGAUGAAGUGUACAGCUCCUUUGGCCUAUUAAACAGGUGUUACCAGUAA